UGCCUGCCGCGGCGCAGUGCUGCUUGGUGGUGCCGGACUCCGGACCGAGCGGCCAUGGGUUGGCGGGCGGCUGGGUCACUGAGGGCCAGGUAGCAGUAGGGCGGCAGGGACCGCUGGCUCGCCCCAGCAUGUAGACGUCCACGCGGGUGCGCGGCAGCCGACGGCGUCAGUGUUUUCUCCAUCGACUGUGAAAAUGGAACAAGAGAAGAUGAGUGUGAGUAAGGAGUUGAGCCCUGACUCAGCCUCCUACCACUGCUCAGCUUGUCAUGGGGAUGAGACUUGGAGCUACAACCAUCCUAUCAGGGGACGGGCCAAGUCUCGAAGCCUAUCAGCCUCGCCUGCCCUGGGCAGCACCAAGGAGUUCAGGAGGACCCGCUCUCUCCAUGGGCCAUGCCCAGUGACCACGUUUGGACCAAAGGCCUGCGUGCUACAGAACCCCCAGACCAUCAUGCACAUCCAGGACCCUGCAAGCCAGCGGUUGACAUGGAACAAGUCUCCCAAGAGUGUGCUUGUCAUCAAAAAGAUCCGAGAUGCCAGCCUACUGCAGCCCUUCAAAGAGCUCUGCAUGUACCUCAUGGAGGAGAACAACAUGAUCGUGUAUGUGGAAAAGAAAGUGCUGGAAGACCCUGCUAUAGUGAGUGAUGAAAGCUUUGGACCAGUGAAGAAGAAGUUCUGCACUUUCCGUGAAGAUUAUGACGACAUUUCCAACCAGAUAGACUUCAUCAUCUGCCUCGGGGGAGACGGCACCCUGCUCUAUGCCUCCUCUCUGUUCCAGGGCAGUGUGCCUCCUGUUAUGGCCUUCCACCUUGGCUCCCUGGGCUUCCUGACCCCGUUCAACUUUGAGAACUUCCAAUCCCAAGUGAAUCAGGUGAUAGAGGGGAAUGCCGCGGUCAUCCUGAGGAGCCGGCUGAAGGUCAGGGUGGUGAAAGAGCCCAGAGACAAGAAGAGAGCCAUCCAUAAUGGCCUCAGUGAGAACGGCCUGGACCCAGAGGGCGGAAAGCAGGCCAUGCAGUACCAGGUCUUGAAUGAAGUGGUGAUCGACAGAGGCCCCUCCUCAUACCUGUCGAACGUAGAUGUCUACCUGGACGGACACCUCAUCACCACUGUGCAGGGCGAUGGCGUGAUCGUGUCCACCCCGACAGGCAGCACAGCAUAUGCAGCUGCAGCCGGGGCUUCCAUGGUCCACCCCAACGUGCCGGCCAUCAUGGUUACGCCCAUCUGCCCCCACUCGCUGUCAUUCCGGCCCAUCGUGGUCCCAGCAGGGGUCGAGCUGAAGAUUAUGCUGUCACCAGAGGCCAGGAACACUGCAUGGGUGUCGUUUGAUGGACGGAAGAGGCAGGAAAUACGCCAUGGAGACAGCAUCAGCAUCACCACCUCCUGCUACCCGCUGCCCUCUAUCUGUGUGUGUGACCCUGUGAGUGACUGGUUUGAGAGCCUUGCCCAGUGUCUGCACUGGAAUGUUCGGAAGAAGCAAGCUCACUUCCCGGAGGAUGAGGACCAGGACGAGGAGGACAGCUAGGCCUCACUUGCCAGCCUCUGACCUGAGCCCUCAAGCCCUUGGGGGCCUUCCUUCUCUGGCUCUCCUGCUGGCCUUCUGGCUGACCUGGCUUUGACCAACCACAUGGCUGUCCAGGAUCUCUGUGUCCUGCCUGCCUUGCUGGGAGAGCUUGGGUCUGCCUUUUGAAGAAGAGAUCAGCUUUUUAAUGUUUUUAAACCUCUUUUUUCAUUUCUAAAGGAGCAAAAUGAGAACUGGGCUGGGUGUCCUACAUCUCUCCCAUGGGCCCCCUGAGAUCCCAGGUCAGGAAUUCCCAUAAAUCAGUCUGUUGAAAUUCUGAGGGGGUCAGAAUGAAUUGAUCUUCCCUUUGAUAUUGAAAUAAAUGUCUCAGCCAGAAAUCUUCCUUUAGCUGCAGUGCUUUUCCCCAGGGACUGCACCUUUCCCCUGCAACUCUCGGGGUCACCUGUCAGCUUUGCUAUGGGUUGGCAAGGCAUGUGAUGGCUAGGUGCCUCUUCAGUCUGGCCCAAGGCCUCUGACUCCUCCCAGAGCAGAGGCCACACUUUGCACAGCCAUCCAGCAACGUCACAUUCCUCAUAUCGCAGGGCAGCAGCUCCCGAGACAUUUUAAAUCCUGUGUACACUUUUUAGAGAUUAUUUUAAACUUUCUGAAGUGAUUAUGUACAUAUUUUCUUGUACACACUUUGUGAAGAUUUAGAGGGGACUGCCUGCUGUCCAGUGUUUACAUUGUGUCCGGGACAGGGCUCCGUGCUUCCACUCUUCCCUUACACAGUGGCCACAAGGGUUUUGAGACCAACUCACUAUUGACAUCAGGCUGUGGGCCUGUCCUCCUUCCACAAGAGUCUUAGGUUUGCAUCUGAGCAACAGCCACCUGUAGCCCUCUGUGCAGCACAUGUAUGUAACACAAGAAACACAUGUGGACGCCACACAGACCCUAGAGCGUUUGUGGGAGUCACUGGUCAGCCAAGGUGCUGCAGUUAGGUCAUCUUCCCCUCUUCUGGCAAGAGGAGGAAGGGAGAACUGCCCAUUCUUCGCCUGGCUUUCAGAGUAAAGUGAGGCUUCUGUCCUGUGCUGCUCAGAAGGGUUCGCCAACUACUCUAGUGCUGACCAUGCUGUUAAAGUCAGGACCUCCGGGCCCUUGUGACCUCAGCACCUCUGGAUCCCUGAGUGGUCUGGUAUCAGUGCUGUUAAGUUGCGGUUGCUUGUCCCCAAGAUCUGUGCUGUUCAUCUGUUACAGUAGGCACAGCAGGCCUCUGUGUGGCCCAGAGGAGAGCAGGGUCUGCAUGGGUCACGCAUCUAAAAAGCAAGUGUUGACAAGUCUAGAAGCAGCUGCUAUCAGACUGAUCUAGAACACAUGGAGUUUUCACGUAAAUUCUUAAUGUUUCAUAUUAAUAUCUUAAAAUUUGUUAAUUGUUAAUGAAGGCCUUAUUACUAUUUUCAGAUUCUUUCAAUAAAUAAACUUGUUUAAAAAAAAUAA